AUGCCCUCGUACGACAUGGCGGAUCUCAAUGUCCCCAUUGCCGUUCGGCGAACACGUCGAAGUAACAUCGGAAGCGUAAAGGCAGAAGAAGAACCCGAGUCUCCAGCUCGGCCGCCCAGAACCCCCCGACGGGCAAGAAGGGCCGUUCGGUUCUCGGAUCCCACCUCGUCGCUGUCCAGCGGACUGACGCCCAUGAUUCACCGCACGUCCAUCGGCACGCCUCGGCGGCGGCGUCGUGCGUCAGCACCAGCCGCCCCCUCCAGAAGAGGAGCAACUGUUCCUCACACGCCGCCGGCCUUGCCAUCCCGCCGCCGUGACCCUCUCCAGCCAUCACGCUCGCUGCACCACACCGUCGACGGCCGCGUGGAGAGACGCCUCCGCCGCAGCCAUCUCCGAGACUUGCUCAACAAGCUCGAGCGGCAGAAGAAACGCGCGGCGCAGCAGUCCCGGACGGAAAUCAGCCAUCUCAGGUCGGAAAUCAGGUCCAAAGACAGGGAGAUCUACGAGCUACAAAACGCCACCGUGGUCGUCGACAACGAGAGGCUCUGGGACCUAGAGCAGCAGAUUGAGCUCCUCAGGGGCGAGCUGGCCAGGCGGCCCGAGACGCCGCGCGGCCACGCGAGGAGCUACGACUGGACGCUGGCGGCGCGCGACCCGUUUGCAGACGAAUAUGCCGACGGACCGGAGGACGGGGACUGCUUUGGCGACGCGACCGCCGCCGAGUUCGCGGCGAGCACGCCGUCCCGGGCGAGAUUGUCGUUUCCCACGCCCCCUGCUACGAGUCCCGUGGUGCCUGCCACGCCGUGCUCCCCGACGCCCUGCUUGCCUGUGGCCCCGUCCCAUGUGGGCGUUCAGGUUUCCUUUCCGGACGUCGAGAGGCGGCAGGCGGAAGAGGAGCUUGCGUCGCUGCUGCGCGAGGUGGGUAAAUUGACCGCCACGCUGGAUUCAUACAGGAGCCUUGAGUCGAAGCUGAGAGAGAAGCUCGCCUCGGUGGAGUCCAUCGCGCCUCUGGGCGACGGCGGCGACGGCGACGGCGACCUUCUGGAGGGCAAGGUUGCGGCCCUGCUGCAAAACGUGUCUGACGGGACAGAGGCCGUGAGGCAGCUCAGCGCGUCCAUCGCGGAGCUGGGAUUCCCCGGCGCAAAUGCCGGCGAGAUGAUUGCGGCGCUGUCGUCUGGGUUCCGUGCUGCCCGGCUGGAGCUGGAGUACCUCACGCCCGGGGAGAUCGCGCUGCCGCUCACGUCCCACGGCGCCGAGGUGCUCGACCUCCUGCUCACGCGCCUGCGGGAGCUGGCCAGGAGGGCCAAGGAGGACGAGUCGUCCAUAGACGAGUACCACGAGCUCGAGCAGUCGCUGCGCAAGCAACUGGACGCCAGAGUCAGUGUCAUGGACCACCUCAAGGGCCAGCUGUCGCAGGCAGAGCGCCUGCUCGGCGAGCACAAGGCCAGGCUCGGACAGCUCGAGGCUGGAAACGAGCGUCUCCGGGGCGCCGUCGACGGCUAUGUCCGCGACAUGUCUGAGCUGGAGAGGCUGGUCGAGCGGAUGGAGCGAGAACACGGCGAGGCGGCGGCCUCGCAUUCCGCCCAGCGGGAGCUUGACAGGCGAGAAGUCUCGAGGAGAGACGCGACCGUCCUCGAGCUGCAGGACCGGCUUGCUGAUGCGGUGCGGCAAUCUGCCAACCUGCAGAAGGAGAUGAGCGACGUCCAGGACAGCACCACGCGGCACGUCGUGUCGUUGAACAAGCGCCACGGCGCGGCUUUGGCGCUCCGGGACGCGAGGGUCUUGGAGCUGCGCGGGGAAAUCGACAGGGUCAGUGAGUCUUUGCGGGCGGCUCAUGAGACGAUUCGCGUCUUGCGCGUGGACAAGGGCGGCUUGCUGGCGCGCGUGGAUGAGGAGCGCGACAAGGCCAGGGCGGCCGUGGACUCGAUCAAGGCUGAGUUGCAGCGUGUUUUGCAGAUGAGUCCCGACUUUUCGAGGGAGCCGCUUGGUAUGCGUGGCGGAGACAAGGAUGAGGUCGCUUCUUGCGCUGCUCGUGUGGACGGCGAAGCCGAGGCUGCUGCUGCUUCGGACCCCUUGGUGCGGUCCGGCAGUGGGAAGAAGCGGCGGAGACGGUAUGAUAGCGGCUUGGGGUUGCUGGAGGAAGACGACGUGGAAAUGUUUUGA